AUGACUACUAACUAUCAAAGUACAUAUGUCAACGUGUUGAAUUCCAACAAUACCAGUAAUCUAUUACCAGUAGACAUUAUGUUACGACAAACGAAAGUUCGAGAACUUAUUAUUGGUAUUCUUGUACGUAUUAUAACACCAUGUAUAUUGGGUAAUGUUAUUGUUGUUACAGCCAUAUGUCGCGUACAACGUUUACGUCAUCCAACAAAUUAUAUUUUAAUGAGUUUGGCUAUUGCUGAUUUAUUAGUAACAACAACAGUUAUGAUACCAGGACUUGUCUAUAAUAUUAAACAAAAAUGGAUAUUUGGUGCCAUAUUUUGUAAAAUUUGGGUAUCAAAUGAUAUUACAUUUUGUACAGCAUCCAUUCUACAUCUAGUUGCCGUUAGUAUCGAUCGUUUUGUUGCCAUUGAAAAUCCAUUAAGAUAUAAACAAAAAAUGACUAGUCGUACAAUAUUUAUAAUAAUUGGUUGUAUAUGGCUCAUUAGUGUUCUACUAUCUUAUGGACCGGUAAUGCUCGGUCUAUAUUCUUUUGGCAAUGCUCAAGAAUAUUUACAAGAUAAAUCUGAAUGUGGAAUGCGUCCAAAUCGAAUAUAUUCUAUUAUAUCUUCAUUAACAUCAUUUUAUAUUCCAUUAAUUAUUAUUCUUGCUCUUUAUGCAAGAAUAUUUAUAACCGCUCGUAAACAUUCAUUAGAAUUACAAAAAUUAGAAAAUAUUAUUAAACGUUUACAUAGUAAUGAACAAUUUGUUUUAGAAAGUUCAAAAUGGAAACGAGAUGCAAAAGCGAUAAGAACGUUAGGCAUCGUUGUCGGAGUAUUUAUCAUUUGUUGGCUACCAUUUUUUAUUAUGUAUCUUCGUUUAGCCUAUUGUGAUUAUGAAUGUAUUACGCCAUUUGUCGAACAUCUUAUUACAUGGAUUGGAUAUGCGAAUAGUUUUUGUAAUCCUGUUAUUUAUGCUUUUUCAAACAAAGACUUUCGUAAUGCAUUUUUUGAAAUUCUCCAUUAUAAUCAUAAUUGUCGAUGUUUUCCAUUAUUAAUAAAUGCUGAUCAUUCAUCAAAAGUUCGAACAUCAUUAACAAAAUCCAAUUAUUCCAUGACAUCAAAAUAUACACCACCAUUUGCUCAGUCACGUCAAGCUAGCGUAAUACCACCAUAUCGUUUAACAAACGGUUUAAUAUAUUCAUCGUCUAUAAACAAUCAAACAAACGAUGAUAAUAAUAAAAUAAAUUCAUAUAAAAUGCAAAUAAUGGGUGAACAUUCAAAAAAUAAUUAUAAUCAUAAUAAUUAUUCAAUAGAUCAAUAUGAUAGCGAAUUAGAUCAUUUGGUACCAAAUGGUGGUGGUAUACAAAAAAUAUCUCAUGUUCGCAUGAGUAGUUUAUUAUACGAUCAAGAUGAUACUAAUUCGUUUACAAUGAAAAUAUGA